AUGCCAGAAAAUAAUAUUUGUAGAACAUGUUUAACUAGUCAAGCCGAAAUGACAGUUAUAUUUGAUAAAUAUUUACAUAAAAAAAUUAUGGAAUGUGCUUCAGUACAGAUAUUGGAGAAUGAUGGACUUUCAUCUUUAAUAUGUAAAGAAUGUGUAUAUAAUGCUAAUCAAGCUUAUUUAUUUAAAAAACAAUGUGAGGAAGCUGAUAAGAACUUAAGAAAGGAAUUAACAAUAGAGAACGAAUUGGUUGUUUAUGAAUGUGAAAAUAAAAAUCUUGAUGAUACGAAUAAUGAGGAUAAUUUAUCUAUAAUUACAAAAAGUUCACAGAAUGUAAAUAAAACAUGUUUAAAAAAUUUCAAAUCACAUAAUGAGUAUGGAAAAUCUGUAAAAAGAUAUGAAUGUACCACAUGUAACAAAUCGUUUUAUGGGCGUAGUGAUUUGAUAAUUCAUACUCGUACGCACACUGGAGAAAAGCCUUUAGAGUGCUCCUAUUGUAACAAAAAAUUUUCUGAUCCACGUGGUUUGAAGAAACAUAUGAAAAUUCAUACGGAUGAAAAAUCUUAUCAAUGUGAAAUUUGUGAGAAAUGCUUUCGACAUUCAUUUGCUUUGAAUACACACAAACGUACUCAUACGCUUGAACGCCCAUAUAUUUGUGCUACUUGCGGCAAAACAUUUAUCUAUGCACAUAAUUUAACAAUUCACACACGAAUUCAUUCUGGUGAUCGUCCAUAUGUAUGUACCACAUGUAAGAAAAAUUUUAGAUCACGUGGUGCUCUAUCGUCACAUAUGAUAACGCAUACAGGAGACAAACGAUUCGUGUGUAAUGUUUGUGGCAAAAAAACUGCUAGAAGUGGUGAUUUAGCGGUUCACAUGCGAACACAUACCGGUGAGAAACCCUAUACAUGUAAUUUAUGUCCAAAAAAGUAUCGAAUCUCCAGUCAUUUAACAAACCACAUGAAAACUCAUACUGGUGAAAAAAAAUUUAAUUGUAAGAUUUGUGAAAAGGCUUUUUCUGAGUCUAGAAUGUUAAAGCGUCAUAUUAAAACGCACAGCUGAUAAUAAAACGAUUAAUUACAACGCAAACAACUUGAAUAUCGUAAUAUAAUUUAUCGUAAUUUUAACAGCUAUAAGAAAAAUUU